UCAGUUUCUUUCAGUGCCAAUGCUAAAGGACAUCAGGAAGGUCGUGCUAAGUGCCGAAUAAGUUGAAUUUUUAAGUGCGAUUUUAUUUUUUUUAUGUGACAUAAUGGAAUUAAUUACAGUUAGUUUAUUUUUGAUAUACUUCACAACUUCAGUUUCUGGUAUUGAAGUUCACACACCCGAAGUAAAAGAAAAAGGAUCAGAAAUAAAUUCCGUAGACAGAGAAGGUCUACGACUGACGCGUAAAUCUGAAGACACUUAUCCUUCAGUUGCAUACGUCCCUCACAAAUUUAACUUCCAAUUGGCGCGACAACAGGAUUACCUUAAACAACGGUACGCACAGCAACAACUGAUCGAUGUAGAGAAGAUUGCGGCAAUUCAUAGAAAUCCCUCGAAGAAAAAUAAAAAUAUCGAGAUUUUAAAACAAGCACAUCUGGAUUCUACUGAGCCCCAUACAGCAUAUGAAUGGCAACCUACUGAUUCAUCUUCGAGAAGUAGACACCAAAGAAGUUCUGAUAAUAGUAAAACCUUAGAUUAUAUUCCCAUAAGAAUCAAAACGGCAAGAAAUUCAGAUGAUAAAGCAAAAAAUAAAAAAGAAGAGUCAGAAAGUCCAAUAAGAAGAAAAGAUGAAAACGAACCUGGAUUUGGAGGGCAAAUUAUUUACUUAGACCCUCGAAUUCUAAAGCAAUUAUUAGACCUUAAAAAUAAGCGUACUCAAAUUCAAAGUAGAUCAUUUGACGAACAUUCUGGUGCAGUUGAUACAAACUCAUUGAACGAACUUAUUGGAAAAAAUCCACAUGUCCAACUAGAAAGCUUGAAAAGACUAUUACAUCAGUCCCAUCAAACAAAAUUUGUACCAGUAAUAAGUCAGGCACAUGCUUUUCAUCAAAAAGAUCACACUCCUAUUACAGAAAAAACUAUUGACGUGCCAAAUCCGCAGUCAAAACCCAAUAUAAAAGUAGAACAUGAGGAUUCUUCAAAUGAUCCUCAAACACAGCAAAUUGUUACGAAAGAAACUUUUGAAAAAAUUCAACAGCAACUAGAUGAAGCGUCCAAGUUUCAAGUUCAGCAAGCAUUAGAGCAAGCACAUCAAGCUGCACAAGCUCAUGUUGCCGCCCAACAUAAAGCGAUAGAACAAGCACAGAGAGCUAUUUUUGAAAAAGUACAAAAAUCGCUAUAUGAUAGUCCGCAAGCUUUACGAUUGGUUCGCCCAGAGGAAUCAGAUGUAACAACGCAUAUAAACGUACCAGUUCAACAUCAACAAGUGAUUUAUUCUACCCCUGGACCAGUUCAAACAAUCAAACAUCAAGCAGAUUUUACAAAUCACUUAAAUACUCCACCACAACAGCAUCAGUCAGUGUAUUCAACACCACUGCCACCAAUAGUAGUAUCUCCUGUGCAUGAUAUACAAAUACCAACAUCAAAAGUACAUAUAACAAAAUAUAAUACAGCUUUGACCACUGCAGGACCAACAGUUUUACACAACACCAUUGAAUCUACUAAAAAGCUACAUCAAAUAGUUCAGAAUGAAAACCAUCAAGAACCAGUACUACAUAAUGUUCGUAUAAUACAAGUAACGCCUAUUCCAACACAUGGACCUAAGCAUAUUUUAAUGCAACCACAAGUAAAGCAUUUAGUUUUAACCCAAAAACAAGCACCACAGUACCAAACCAAAAGCAUAGAGCACUACGCUCCAAAUCAUCUUCACCAAACUGCAGCGCAAUUACAAGCUGAAAAAGUUUUACUCCAACAGGUGCAAUCCCAUAACAACGCCAUCCUCAAUAGUAAUAAAGGUGUGAACAGGUACGUAGGCCAAAAAGUUCAAGCACAUGCAUUCGAAGCAGAAACAGCAGAAAAAGAGGCGCAACCAUCUGCAAAUGCUUAUCAACACAUUUAUUUGGACCACAAAGAAGCAGAUAAAUUUAACAGCGUUGAUCCACAGCUGGAACAUAAGGAAGAAAACGAAGAAUUACAAUACGCCGCCAAAUACGCCUUUGGCUACCGCAUCAAAGACAACAAAGAAGGCAACGAUUUUGGUCACGAAGAAAAACGGAGCGGACGAAGUGCCGAAGGAAGUUACCAUGUUCUCUUGCCCGAUGGGCGAAUGCAGAAGGUAGAAUACUACGCAGAUGAUAAUGGAUACCACGCAAAAGUUACGUAUGAAAAUGUGGCUGAGCAUAAAUAGACGUUAAACGGGUGGAGUAAAUAUUGUACUAAUUUAAGAUCCCAAAGUGUUAGCGAUGAGAGAGCUAACAUUAAGCUCUUUAAAGAAAAAAGCAUCUUUAUUUAACUUGAAUUUCAGUGAGAAUGUAUAGAUAUUAUUAAGGAUUUUAUGUCAGAACUAAGCAUCACCUAAUUAAGCUUAAGUUACUAGAGAUCUUAUAUUUAACCAACAACAAAUAAAUCAAUGAAUAGUUAUUCGUCGAUUCUAUUUUUAUUGAGUUUCAAUACAAAUUUGAUAAUGUAAAGAUAGGCUGACGUAAUUUCUUUGUUAUACAUAUUUAAAGCGAGAUUAACUUGUCGGAGUUAGUGAAACGUAGAUGUGUCAGCUUAUUGGUCGAAUAAGAAUUAUUCAUCGAAUAAACUGCUAUUUGUCAUUAGUGAAACUGGCCAUAAAUCGAUCAAAAUUAGUAAGAUCCGGUUUCACCAACAACAAAUAAGUUAAUAAAUAGUUAUUCGUCGAAUAAAAUUCAUUAGUCGAUCAUAUUUUUAGUAAGUUCCAAGUAAUGUUGAUAAUGUAAACUUAAACUGACGAAUUUUCUUUGUUAUAGAUAUUUAAAACUAGAUUAACUUAUCAAAUUAUUCGAAGAGUAGAUACUUAUUUGAUAAAUAAAUAAUGGUAUUUGACGUUAGUGAAACGUAAAUGUGUCAAUUUAUUGGUCGAAUAACUUUAUUCAUCGAAUUAACUACUAUUUGUCGUUGGUCUUAGAUUUGUUAUUUAAUUUUUUACUUACAUCAAUUGCCAAUUAUUGUAAAGUUUUUUUGCGAAGAUUUUGAAAGAAUACAUUUAAGUGGCAUUCUUUUAGUAAAGUGUCAAAGGCAAUUUUGAGGUGUCUGCUCUAGACAUCGACAGAUUCAUCAGCAGACGUCAACGUAGAUGCGUCCACUGAGGUAUGGCCACGUGUACAGAUGCCAGACGCUUGCGCGAAACUGUUUGUUGCGUGCCACAUAAACUGACAAACGCAUCGCUGGCACAGGUGCAUCUGCCGAUGCACCUGAGCAAACUAGCAAAUGACCAAAUAAUAUACUCGUUAGAGGACGGAUACAUCCGCGGACAGAGUCGCAGAUAGGCUACUGAAUUAAGUCUGAUAACACGAAGCUAAAAUACGUAAUGUAGAGCACCUUACCGUAAGAAAACGUAUAAUGUCUAUGUCCUCACUUUCAUCAACUGGUAAUCAAUUCUAGUGUACCCAGUUUUAGAGUUUACUUCUUUUUCGUGCUUUAUAGCAACAUUUGUUUGUGUUUUGUAAUUAUAUAUUUUUCUCGAUAUGCGCUAACAUCAUAAUGGUAAAUGCAAAAUAGAUGCCUUACUGAUGGUCAAUAAACAAAGGUAUAUUUAGACCCUUUCUCUAGUCUAGAGUCUAAAGUGCCUAAAAACUCUAAUCGAAAAGUCUACUGAAUAUAAUAGAGCACCUAUUCUUAUUAAUCAUACAGAAGUAAAAAACUUCGUUUGUACAAUGGUAUAAAAAGUUUGUUGAAAAACUAUUAAAAAAUCCAAAAGGAUUCGCAAAACGUUUUCGAUCUAGAGCAGAUCAUCUUCAGUGCCUAGAACGAAGUAUUUCCACGUUAGAAUAUCAUUGUGAAUAUCAUCACAGACCAACAAGACCAUUAUGUCCAUUGAACUGUCAAGAACCACACGUUCUUAUCGAGCAGUGAAUAGUGUUGCCUUUGGAGCACUAUUAACAAAUUUAUCUUUUAACAUCGACUUCUAUCGCUACUAUCGUCAGAUUAUUAAUAUGUAAAUCAUAUUUCUCGAUGUUACCUAUUUUAUAAAGUUGUUAGUUUCAUCUACUAAGCAGAACGUAAGUAUUUGCCAUAUUUUUCUUUAACUAGUCAUAAUUUGUACCUUUUGUAUUCAUUCUAACGUGGAAAUACUUCGUUCUAGGCACCGAAGAUGAUCUGAUCUAGAUCAAAAACGUUUGCGAAUCCUUUUAGAUGAUUUUUUAAUAAUUUUUCAAUAAACUUUUUAUACCAUUGUACAAACGAAGUUUUUACUUCUGUAUGAUUUUUAAUUACGGUAUACAGCCAGUAGCUACUGGGAUUUUCCCAGUGAUUUUGCUAUUCUUUUUACUGUUGACACAGUUGACACAUUAGAAACGGUUGCAAUCUUAAAAGCACUAUCAGAAUUCAAAAUUGACCACAGGUAUGCGAAUAUUAUUCGAAAAAUAUACGAAAAUGCGACAACAACUAUAAGCCAUCAUUGCAUGACGGAGAACACAAAAAUAGGCAGAGAAGUGCGACAGGGAGAUACUGUAUCGCCAAAAUUAUUCAUAUCAGUCAUGGAGUACAUAUUUCAACGAUUAGAGUGUGAUUCAAAAGGUAUUGACAUCGAUGGAAAUCUGUUAAAUCUUCUCCGAUGGCAUUCUUCUUCUAACAGACGACUUAAAAGAAGCCAGAGUUAUGCUAGUACAACUACAGCAAGUAACACAGAGGGUCGGUUUAAAAAUAAACUAUCGAAAAACAAAAAUGAUGACCAAUCUCGUCCCCAAUGAUCUAACAGACAUUAAGAAAUCGCCCAUACAACUUGUGUAUUUGGAUAUUCAUAUGUGUAUUUGGAUCACAAAAACGUGGGAUUAACAAUCAUGUUAAUUAUUGAGAAAAAUAAAGGGUUGGGCUGCAUUCAGAAAAAUGGGAGAUGUGUUUAAAACAAAUAUCCCAAUCAAUUUAAAAAGAAAAGCUUUCAACCAGUGCGUUCUAUUAUUUCCCAUAUGCGGAGCAGAAAACUUAGCUCACAAAAAAACAUCGUAAAAAGACAUUGCAAAAUUGUAAAGGACACAAUGUAAAAUAUAGAGAUGAAUUGAAGCGUUCAGAGCAACAGUGGCCUAACUCCAAAAAAGAAGUUUUGAGAUAAAUGCAACCUUUGCAUGCGUAUUUCCGUUGUGCUUAUGGGAUGGGGCUACAAAUUAUGUAGUGCCAUUUAGCCAAAUAUAGAGGUAGAUUGUGUAGACCCUUGUUAAUUCGAAGAUUUAAUGUUGCUGCUUUUAUUCAUAUAUUAAUCUAAGAAUUCUCAGUUUGUGGCUUAGUCUACUGUUGCUCUGAGCGCCUCAAUUAUUCUUAGUAUAAGCCUUGUAAAUAGACUAAGAAACGAGAGUGGAAGAUAAUAUCGAAUAUAUUACAACGCAAAAAUGGAGACGAGCGGGGCAUGUUGCAAUAAUCAAAGACGACCGGUGGACAAAAAUUGCUUUUAUUGAGAUUACCAGCAGAAAAUAAAAGACGGGGAGGGAUUCCAACGCGAUAGACCAACGACGUCAAAAGAAUUUUGACCAAAUGGAUAUCAGAGGCGCAGAAGAGAAAAUGAAAAUAGCUGGUGGGGGCUUAUAUUCAACAAUAGACAAUUCAGGGCUGAUUGAUGAUGAUAAUGAUAUUUUUGACUUUACUUACAGCUUUAACGAAUGGGAAAAGAAUAUCAUCAAUCAGUGGUAUCGUUAUCUAUUUUAUCAUUAAAAGAUGGUAAAUACAAGAUCAAAAUAGGAUAGGAACGAAAGUUACUGUUAGAAGUCUCGGCGAUUCAAUACAUAGUUGAAGAGAUAUUUGAAGAAAACUAGCUCUUCAUAUUAGACUGUGCCAUCUUCCACAAUGCUAGUAUGUGAUUAAUAAUAUAUCAAUACUCAUGGCUUUUAGAUAAGUUAGUAAUUCUCUAAGAUAGAUAAUGUAUAAGCGUAGUUUAGAGUAUGAGGAUGUAUAGGAUACACCUUUGAUUCACAACAGUCUGCAGUUCUUACCAGCAUAACUCAUGGAUAGAAUCUUCAAAUUAACUCAAAUCUCUCUUAGUAUUUUAGCUUUUUUUUUGUUUUUCUAGUUGUCAUUUUUAAAUAUAUAGGUAACCAAUUUUUUCUUGGUAUGUUGAGUUUCAUAGUUCUUGUCGUUUCCGUCUUCUUAUUGUUAAGGCACUAUUUCUUACACUAGUUGAUACUUGAUUAUAGUCUUUAUUUCAAAAUAGAAACACUGGUGAAAUCGUACUCUUUUAAUACUCAUUGAUAGAUUUUUGAGGGUACUCAUGUUCAUCUUUUUGUUUUAUAGAUUAACCACGCGGGAAAGUGCAAUAUUGUAUUAUUAUAAGUUAGAUAUAUUGACUGAAUCCCAAAAAUGUAUUAAAUGAACUUUUAUAUAUUUAUUUAUAAUUGUUAUUUAUAUGUUUAUUUCCUAUUGUUAUUUUUGUUAAAAAUAAAUUUUAAAUACGA